AAAUGUCAAUAUCAAGUCCCUCAACAUUGAGUUCACAUACUUCUUCAUAUAUUUCAGAUGAGUCUGGUCAAGAGACUGAUCAGAAGAUAGAAACCUCAGAAAUAAAACCGAGCAUAGUGGUCGAUUCUAUGGAUAAUAGUUCUGAAUUUGCUGAAUAUCCCAUAAGUGAGAAAGAAGAAGUUUCAACUGCUGAAGAGAAAUCAAAAAGGAAACUUUCUAAAUAAAAAUAGUAAGGAAAAACUAAGGCUCAAAAGUCCCUGGGCUAUCAUUAAAGCAAAGAAAAAGGCUAGAAAAGACAUUCCAAGGGGAGGGCGUAAGAGCAUAAAGACAACCAAUUUUCUUCCAAAAUUCACUCAGAUUGGCUCAAAGCGUAAAACCAUUCUUGCCGUAAAAUUUAAGAAAGCAAAGGCUGGGAAAGGAAAAUCAAAGAAAAUAGGAGCAUCUAAAAGAAAAUCAAUAAAAGGCCCUAAAUAAGUUGAUGGAGAUUAUUCCUGAAGAAGUCUCAAAAACCAACUUGCUUAGAGAGGAGACCUCCAAAAUAGGCAUGCAAAUGGAGAAAAAUGUUUCUCUCAUUAGCACCAUAAAGCAAGAGAAAGCUAUAAUGGAUGAAUCACAGAAGAAGGAAAUGAAUGAUUCCAUAACAGCAUCUCUUCAGAACUCUCAAUAUCAGAGUAUAGAAGAGAAGGUUGAAAAGAAGCCUGAACUAGUAUUCAAGACUGUUAUGGUUCUUCCAGUCAAAAAGUCUAAACCUAAGAUUGACAUGACCAAAUAACAUUGUGUCAAGUUCUUCUAUGAAAAAGAUACUUCACUCGAGUACAAAGAAAAUUGAGCCAUUUGGCUUGAUCAGGAACGGUUUCUCUGUAAAAAAAAGUCACAGAAGGAUAUCAAGAAUGACAUCUAAAAAUAGUUCCUCAAACUUGAGUGUAAACUCUCCACUAACAGUGAAGCAUCAGAGGAAUAAUUCUGCUUAUCCAACAGGUCAAAAUCUGUUCCAAAAUAAGAGCAAGUUUCAUGCUGCAGGACCAAUACAAGAGGCUUCUGAGAAUUCAAAUUUAUUCAAUUUAACUUCUACCAAAUAAAUUUGAUUUGAAAUCCUCAAGUGAAAGUUUGUCUUCACUUGAUAAAGUGCCAGAAUCUCUAAUUAAACUCCACAAAACUACCCAGAAGGCUGUAACAAGCCCUUUUAGAAUCAGAGGUAAACCUCCAAUCCCAAAUCUUUCUAAAGCAAAAACUCCAGUAGAAGGAAAAAUAUCAAAAAUUGUAACACAAAUGACAGAGAUGACCAAUAUCAUUUCGAAAGUUAAUGAAACUACAUGUAACAAGCACUCCCAAUCCAAAACUAAAGGGAAGGAGCAGAAUUACCAAUAUCAAAUAAAGGCAACCUUACUCAAUGAUAACUUGGCACUCUUUGAAGAGAAAGCACAGAGCUUAGUCUUGAUGUUUGACUCACCCAAGAUUUAUAAGAUACAACAAUAUUUCAAGAGGCUAAGCGUUAAGGAGCAAAAGGCUUGUAAUAAAGAUCUUGAACAGAUCAUUGUAGCUCUGUCAGAUAUUGGUAAAUAAUGUGACAAAAGGCAUACUAAAAGACCUUCACUCAAUGGGAAUCAGAGACACUUCUUUCUUAGUUAAGAAAGUAGGGAGGUGUUAUGAUGAAGUCAUGACCUUCAAAGAAAAUGAGUUUUUAAUCAAAUAAAGCCUACGAGUUUUUCACCCAAUGAUUUAACUGAUCGAAGUUGUACAAAAUGUUGUAUCCCCUUCACUUAAAAUAACCAACUCAAUUUUCUAAAACUGCUACAGAGCACAAGGCUUACGAUGAAUCUAUUUAUAGAAAGGAUAAAUACUAUAAAAUCUCGCACCCAGUCGGUCUGUCUAGAGGGAGGAGAUAAAAGGAGUCAAACUAAUUACUACAUCACCAAGAUGAUCAAAAGAAAAGGACUUUUGGGUAACUCAGUGCUGAGGAGGCCUUCUCACCCGAAUUAUUAUAUGCUUGGUGAUCAAAACCUGACUGUUUAACACUUGUCUAAACUUAGAAUUAAAA